AUGGCCUCGCGCGUGCUCGCCGUGCUCUGCCUCCUGGCCACCGUCCUGCCGGCGCUCGCCGUCACCGACCGCGACGACGACUGCGCGGCCGACAACGCUGGCCGCGACAAGCCGCAGGCGCUGCGGCUCAAGAUCAUCGCCGUCGCCUGCAUCCUCGUCGGCAGCGCGAUCGGGGCGGGCGUGCCGUCCCUGGGCCGCAGGUUCCCGGCGCUCCGGCCGGACACGGACCUCUUCCUCGCCCUCAAGGCCUUCGCCGGCGGCGUCAUCCUCGCCACGGGGCUCGUGCACAUCCUGCCCGCCGCCUUCGACGCGCUCGGCUCCCCGUGCCUCGUGCGCGGGCCAUGGAAGCGGUUCCCGUUCGCCGGGCUAGUCGCCAUGCUCGCCGCGAUCGCCACGCUCAUCGUCGACACCGUCGCCACGGGGUACUUCCACAGGACCAACGCCAAGCGGGCAGCCGCCGUCACCGACGAGCCGACGCCAGGGGACCUGGAGACCUCAUCAGACGAUCACCACGGCCACGCGCACGGGAUGUCCGUGCUCGCCGCCCCGCCUGACGACGACGAGCUCGUGCGCCACCGCGUCAUCUCCCAGGUGCUGGAGCUGGGUGUGGUGGUGCACUCGCUGAUCAUCGGGAUGUCGCUGGGCGCCUCCGACUUCCCGAGCACGGUGCGGCCGCUCGUCCCGGCGUUGACGUUCCACCAGCUCUUCGAGGGCAUCGGCCUCGGCGGCUGCAUUGUUCAGGCCAAGUUCCGGCUCAAGUCCGUGGUGGCAAUGGCGCUCCUCUUCUCCCUCACCACCCCGGUGGGGAUCGGCGUCGGCAUCGCGAUAUCAUCCGUCUACGACGAGACCAGCCCGACGGCGCUGGUGGUGCAGGGGCUCCUCGAGGCCGCCGCGGCGGGGAUACUGGUUUACAUGGCGCUCGUCGACAUCCUCGCCGAGGACUUCACCAAGCCCAGGGUGCAGAGCAGAGCACGCCUGCAGCUUGGCCUCAACGUCUCGCUGCUGCUCGGGGCUGGCCUCAUGUCGCUGCUCGCCAUCUGGGCUUGA